AUGGACUCAGACGAGGGCUAUAACUAUGACUUCGACGAGGACGAGGAAUGCAGCGAAGACAGCGGCGCGGAGGAGCCGGGGGACGACACCCUGGAGCUAGGCGAGGACGAGGUGGAACUGGUCGAUCCCGCAGAGGCUGGAGGGGAGCGGGACGAGGGUUUGGAGACCGGGGGAAGUGGUCAUGGGCCCGGGCAAGAGGAAGAGGACUACCGCUUCGAAGUGCUGACUGCCGAGCAGAUCCUCCAGCAUAUGGUGGAGUGUAUCAGGGAGGUCAACGAGGUCAUCCAGGUGAGAUAUCACGAAGGCAAUGUCGAUGCAGGAAAGACCGGGGACGGUGGAAAGUCGACAGGCCUCUACGCUGUUGUUAGCUAGCCGAAUCUUCCAAAUAAACGGGUGAUUAGAUAGCUAGCUAGUUAACUCAAGACAAAUAUGUUUUGCUAGCAUGUUAUCCACCAAAGUUGUUUGCUUUCUGGCUUGUAGGUAGCUAAGUCGGUUACCUACUAGCUAGCUAAAUAGCUAGCUCGCUACCGGUAGCUAAUUAACGUCAACUAGGUAAUUAGCUGACGUCCCGCUCCCCUCCAGUAAUUAGCUAACGUCAAGUUAGCUAAUUAGCAAACGUUAGUUAGCUUAGCUAGAUGUACGUUUCACAUUUCCGUACUAGUUAACGUUAGCUAGUUCGUCAAUGAAUCAUGAAACAUUGCUGUAUAGCUAGCUAAUUAUGUGCCUCCCAAACAGCCCUUCUGUGAUCAAAGUAUCUGCCAGGUAGCCAGCCUACUCAUCAUUCGUCAUGUCAGAGAUUGACAGACCUGUAACCCCCCCCCCCCAUAACUAUCAUUUGGUAAAACCGCCCAUUGGGAUGUGCUCAGCUGACUGUGCCCCACUGCCCCUAGUCAGUUUCAUAAUAGCCUAAGUCCUGAGCAAUAACAACAACACAUUUUGAACCAUGAUCCAGUGCCUCUGCUCUGGUCUAAAUAAAUAAUCCAAGGACUAGCACUUUGAAUUGGUAGAACUAAGUGUUCUGUAUGUAUUUGCACAGUAUGCACAGCCUGGUGUAGCUAAGAAUUUAACUCAAAUGUUGACAAUGUAAUGUCUUUCAAUUGUCAACAUUGGAGUUAAAUUCUAAGCUAAGCCUGGGCAUGAAUCCUGGAGGAGGAACUCAACUGUACAGUAUGUAGGUCUAGUCUCAAAUCAAUGCACAUUUUAUUCGUCACAUGCUUCGUAAACAACUUGUGUAGACUAACAGUGAAAUGUUUACUCACGGGCCCUUCCCAAUAAUGCAGAGAAAGAAAAUGGAGAAACAGAAAAGUAAAACGCGUAAUAAUAAAUACACAAUGAGUUACGAUAACUUGGCUAUAUACACAAGGUGUCAGUACCGAGUCGAUGUACGAGGUAAUAGAGGUAGAUAUGUACAUAUAACUAGGAAUAAAGUGACAGAUAAACAGUAGCGUGAAUGUGAUGAGACAAAGUGCAGAAAGGGUCAAUGCAGAUAGUCCGGGUAGCUAUUUGAUUAACUAUUUAACUAACGAUUCAGCAGUCUUAUAGCUUGGGGGUAGAAGCUGUUCAGGGUCCUGGUUCCAGACUUAGUGCAUCGGUACUGCUUGCAGUGCGUUAGCAGAUAGAACAGUCUAUGACUUCAGUGGCCGGAGUCUGACAAUUUUUAGGGCCUUCCUCUGACACCGCCUGGUAUAGAGGUCCUGGAUGGCAGGAAGCUUGGCCCCAGUGAUGUACUGGGCCGUACACACUACCCUCUGUAGUGCCUUGCGGUCAGAGGCAGAGCAGUUGCCAUACUAAGUGGUGAUACAGCCAGUCAAGACGCUCUCAAUGGUGCAGCUGUAUAACUUUUUGAGGAUCUGAGGGCCCAUGCCAAAUCUUUUCAGCCUCCUUAGGGGAAAGAGGCGUUGUUAUGCCCUCUUCACGACUGUGUUGGUGUGUUUGGACCAUAAUAGGUCCUUAGUGAUGUGGACACAGAGGAACUUGAAGCUCUCGACCCGCUCCACUACAGCCCUGUCGAUGUGAUGGGGGCGUUCUUGGCCCCCCGUUUCCUGUAGUCCACGAUCAACUCCUUUGUCUUGAUGACUUUGAGGGAGAGGUUGUUGUCCUGGCACCACACUGCCAGGUCUCUGACCUCCUCCCUAUAGGCUGUCUCAUCGUUGUCGGUGAUCAGGCCUACCACCGUAGUGUCGUCAGCAAACUUAAUGAUGGCGUUGGAGUCGUGUGCGGCCACACAGUCAUGGGUGAACAGGGAGUACAGGAGGGGACUAAGCACGCACCCCUGAGGGGCCCCCUCGUUCGGGGUUAGUGUGGUUGACGUGUUGUUACCUACCCUCCAGGGCAUAAAAUAAAAAACCGGCAAAUGCAGGUAGAUUUAGGUAUUGACGGGUAAGAAUGUCUUUCACCAGCCACGUAGGGGGCUGGUGAAUUUGCAGUGCUCUGCAAGCACUACAUUUGCAUUUGCAAAUACAAAUAGAGUUAAAAAGUCAAGUAUGAGCACACGUGUGAGUUGUGAUUUUAUAGCAGAAAAAUGGUGCAGUAGCUGUUUUUCAAAGUGUUUCUGCCAUUUUUGUUUCAUAGCUGCUAAUCGCGCAAAGAAAUGCGAUAACUAUAACCCACCUUACGCAGCAACACUGCCUGACUAGGGAGCCUUGUGCACAGUGCUGAUAGAGGCGUGCACACAGGCAUCAAAGUUGGUCCACAAAGUGAGACUGUUUCUUGGCUAUUUACAUUGCUUUGUUCACAGGGUCGCUUGUUUUUCAGUGUUAGUUUGAGUCUGCUGCUUCAACUAAUAGGGAAGAGAUGCUGCCUACUAGUCGGAUCCAAAAUCUCACACAGACACACGUGACAUGACUCGAGUGGCCCCGUUACCACGGUAACCUCCCACCCUUAGUGGCAGCUGAACAUUUUGUCUCAUCUGAUAUUUUGGUUAAAAGCCUCGGGUCACAAAAGGAAAAUAAAUUUAGCAAAAUAUCACAUGACUUCUUAAUAAUAUUUUUGUUUGUUUUAGAAACAUUAAGCAUGGUCGUCAUUUAAUUGUAUUUAUUUAUUUAUUUAUUUAUUUUUGAUAAUUAUGGCCAAAUAAUAUUUUGGGCAGUAAAAAAUCUGAGUGGCUGGCAGAUUUUUCCAUCUACCUGCCACAGUGGCUGGUGGACCAAAAAGUUAAUUUUAGGCCCUGCUACCCUCACCACCUGGGGGUGGCCCGUCAGGAAGUCCAGGAUCCAGUUGCAGAGGGAUGUGUUCAUCUGUGGAUUGCCUCGUCUGUGGAUCUGUUGGGGUGGUUUGCGAAUUGGAGUGGGUCUAGGAUGUCUGGGAUGAUGGUGUUGAUGUGAGCCAUGACCAGCCUUUCAAAGCACUUCAUGGCUACAGAUGUGAGUGGUACAGGGCGAUAAUCAUUUAGACAGGUUACCUUGGAGUUCUUGGGCGCAGGGACUAUGGUGGUCUGCUUGAAACAUGUUGGUAUUACAGACUCAGACAGGGAGAGGUUGAACAUGUCAGUGAAGACACUUGCCAGCUGGUCAGACCAUGCUCUGGGUAUUUAUCCUGGUAAUCCAUCUGGCCCUGAGGCCUUGUGAAUGUUAACCUGUUUAAAGGACUUACAACGGCUACAGAGAGAAUGAUGACCCUGAGGCCUUGUGGAUAACCUGUUUUAAAGGUCUUACUCACAUCGGCUACAGAGAGUGCGAUCACACAGUCGUACGGAACAGCUGGUGCUCUCAUGCAUGGUUCAGUGUUGCUUGCCUCGACGCGAGCAUAGAAGGCAUUUAGCUCGUCUGGUAGGCUCACAUCACUGGGCAGCUCUCGGCCGGGUUUCCCUUUAUAAUAUACAGAGUCACCGGGAGCCCUAUAGCUACCUCCUGUCAUAAUAUACAGAGUCUCCAGGAGCAGUAGCCCAAUAGUGUCAUUAUUAAAGGUGUGUUUUUGAACCAUGUCCAAACAGAGGAUUUCAGUUGUGAAUUAGGGCCCUUUGUUUUGCACAAUUGUCACAUGACCUGGAUUUUAACCUUUUUUUAAUUGAAAGAUUUUUCAUCAAACUUUCCCUUUUUUCUAUUUUUUUUAUGUUCAUGUCCAAUGGUGCAGCACCAUGUUUAGACAGUUGCUUGCCUUUUUGCUGUUCUCAUUUCUGAAAAUACUGGAUAGAAUCUUGCUAUGUCACAUGAUUGCGCAAAACACAAUGACCUAGUUAUGAUCAGUGAAGAGUUUUGGCUGGCACUCACACAGAUCAUCAAUGUUAUAAUAAUAAUAACACACAGCACUAUAAACCAGUCCAAGGUUUGCAUUAGCCCUAAUUCUGUGUACCCCAUGAUAAUUUAAUUUAAAUGUUAUCUUAGCCUCUUAGCAGCAUUAUCAUAAUACCAGCAGUCAAAAACGAGCAACCCUUUUUACAUGUGUAGGCCUAACGUUGGACUGCAUACAGUGGUAACUUGUUGCGUGUAUAACACAACCGUUUCUCUCUCUCUCUCCUUUUUAGAAUCCUGCAACAAUUACCAGAAUACUUCUGAGUCACUUCAACUGGGACAGAGAGAAGCUCAUGGAG